AUGGAGGCUCUCGCUACUUCCACUGCCGUCGGCACUUCCUUGCAGCGGCUGGUCUCAAGGCAGUCGUCCAGCGUGUCUCUGCGACCCAAUGCGACUGCUGCCCGACGUUUAGCCUGCACUUGCGCUGCUGCAGGCGACGGCGAUGCGGGUCAGUCGUCGGAGCCCAAGUGGAAGCAGAAGCUCGCAGCGGCUGAAGCUCAUGCGGAGCAAACCCGUCAGGCCACCGCCAGGGCGCAGGAGGAGUAUCGGCGCAGACAGAUGGCGCAGCGGAAGAGCGAGGCAACCGGGGGGGCAACAGCCGGAGCAGCCGCAGGAGGAGCGGCAGCAGCAGCUGGAGCGCACCCGCGUAUGGCGGAUCUAGACUGGGUGCCGUAUCUUACAGAGGAGGGGCUUAUAUCGGAUUGCACGCAAGCGGGAGCCAAGGCGUCCGUGUAUGGCAUCUACAAUGACGACAAAGUGCUACAGUACAUCGGCGUGUCUCGCCAGGUGUACCAGAGCAUGCGGCUGCACUUCGCGCGGGUACCAAGUGCAUGUGCGUGGAUAAAGGUGACCCACAUCACGCGCCCCUCCAAGGCGGUGCUAGAGGCAAUCAAGGACCAGUGGAUUGCAGAGAACGGGGCUGCCCCCCCGGGGAAUGACGAGGGGCCGGAGCAGAACCGGUGGGAGAACCCUCUUGACUGCAAGCCCCUCAUGACUGAGGAAGAGAAGAAGUCAGUGGACUAUGCUGCUCCCGGUCCUCCCAAGGCCAAGGCACUGAAGGAGGUAGCGAGACGAGUGGAGAGGGAGCUAGAGGCGGCGUUCAAGGCGCGGAAUUGCAAGGAGGUGCUCCGGUUCGACCCCAAGCUCAAGGAGGAUGGGUUGUUGGACCUCAAGAGCACGGCCGCCCGGGCUCCUGAUACGGCUGUUCCGACUUCCACUCCCCAGGCCGCCAAGGCCUGA